AUGACCUCUACAUAUCUAUACCAGCCCUCACCUCAAUGGACUUCCGUGCAUCCCAGGCCAUUUUAUCCUCUGCAUGAACACCCAGCAUCUCUCGCGUAUCCUCAACUACCCUCAUCGCCUCGACCGCCGGCAUUUCAUGACUUGUACACACUCAGCACUCAUAUCAUCCCAGCAGCAUAUCCACGGGUGGUCCCAGAUAUCCCAAUUCCAGAGGCACCCUCUCAAUAUACAGAUAAAGAGGAACGUAAACGCCAUGUCCAACGAUUGGGAGGUGAGAUAGCAGAGAGGCAGGAGCUCUUCGGACGCGGUCAGCUACCAGGCGAACCUAGUCGGAAGGUUCUCUGGAACUGUAUCAAUCGCUACGUGAAGAAUACACACAGCACAGACAACAAAUCAAAGGGCGUCACUUUGCUUCUUGCCCAUGCGAAUGGAUUCCCCAAGGAAAUAUGGGAGACAACUCUACGGUGUCUAUUCUCCUCUUCGGAAGGACCUCCGAUAGAUGAAGAUUGGUCUUUUGAAGCUGUGCAACACGGCGAUUCUGCGCUCCUGAACGCCAGUAGCCUCAGUGGAAUAUACGAAUGGAUGGACAAUGCACGGGAUAUAGCAAAUUUUUUAUUGAACUAUAUCCCUUCCGCAGUUUCCAAUACGGUCCUUUCCACUCAUCUGCCUCGUGUUUCUAAUGAUGCCACUCUUUUGGAGGCUGCUCGUCGUGAGGUCAUGGCAGCAUUGAAAUUUCCAGCUCUGUUCUCUUCGAUGAUACUCAUAGAUCCCGUUAUCGUUCAGUCACACCAAUACCGUGGCGACAACUUUCGUGCAUACGUGAUCGGUGCUAUUCAAAGACGAGACAGGUGGUCAUCUCGUGAGGAGGCAUUGCGGACGUUUAAAGCAAGCCCCCUUUUUGCCGCCUGGCAUCCUGAUGUUUUACAGCUUUACGUUGAUUAUGGACUAACGGAUACUCCAGAAGGCGAGGUGAAGCUGAAGAUGUCUGGCAUGCAUGAGGCACUCUCUUUUGCCAACGACCUGGCCUCGAAUGAAACAUGGGAAUUGCUCGAGAAGCUAGAUAAGAAAAUUGAGCUGAGAUGGAUUGUUCCUGGGAGGCCGACUGAUAAGAGUAUGCAAAGUCCAGAAGCGACAAGAAUUAGGGUGUGGCGAAGGCCUGCAAACUCGUCGAAUAUUGUGAUACAUUCUGCAGGACACCUUGUCGUACAGGAAUCACCACAGGAGCUAGCGCAAGAUAUUUCAGAUUUUUUGAGACGAAAGUAUAAAACUACUGGUAUGAAGGCUCAGUUAUGA